AUGUAUGUGAAAUGGUUUGAUACAGUAAUGUUAAACUAUCAGAUUUUAGUGUAUUUAGUGAAUGUCACUUUUUGUCAUUUUCAAAUUUCCCGCUGUUCCGUCCCCGUACGUCCCGACACUCGCAGGGGACGGAACCUAGAUGACAGAUGCCGGCAUCCGUCGGAGGACAUUACAGGGGACACUGCAGGAGAGACAUUGCGGGAGCGCAGGACAAGGUAAGUGAUCGAGGGAUCCCGGAGCAGCGCCGCAUGGUAACCCCGAGUGUAGCUCGGGGUUACCGCUUGUGCUACACUCGGGAAUACCGCCAGGGAGGUUACACUA